AUGCAGUCAACCAACAACCAGUCGGCCCCUGUCGCGCCAAUCAACGCGAUCACACAGCACCUCUUCAGCAUCGGCAUCGUCGUACCUUCCAGUCUCCGGGCACACAUGAGAUCAAAGAUACAGCUCCCACGACCCCACGGCGAGGUGAACUUACGCAGGGAAGGCAGACCUGCCGUGCAGACCAUCGAAUCGCUGCUCCGGCGAUUCGCCUCGUACCCACACCUCUGCCCUGCCGUUAUCCAGGUUUGCGAGCGCCAAAUCCGACAAGGCAGACACGUCUGCAACAUUCCGCAGGCCAUGGACGAUCUCUCUCGCCUUCACGCCUGGGCACAGCCUGCCGAGGGCGAGAUCGACGCCUUCGAAAGAGACGCGUACAUGACUGUCAUCUCGAUGGUGUACCUUAUGACGAUGGAUCGCACUGCCUGUCGCUACCUGAUGGGCAUGGAACUGCAGAGACUAGUAGGGCCAAUGCGAGAGCUAUAUCAGCACCAGCAGUGCCCAGCACUACUGAAGCCUGUGAUCAUUAAGAUCGAGGCCCGUCUCGGAAGGCUGUCUCCAGUGGUAUUUACCCCGACCGAGCAAGCCAGCCUCACUGUUCAUGACCGUGGCAAUGACGUGACGCAAAGUGCCAAGGAUCUCGUGGAGAACUUGCUGCUACUACUCAUCGACGAGGACUCUGUGGACGACAGGCAGGAGAUCUUAUGGAUGGAAGAGGUCGACAGCAUGGUCUCCUCAUCAAACUCCCUGUUCUACAAGAUCAUGGUCUUGUCACUCGCAGCUACCAUUCGACCACGCCGCAGCUUCCGACUUGCAGAGUCCUACAUCCUACCGCGAGUCCUCCACGAGCAGCAGGUACAGUGGCAGCUAGAUGGAGUCCUCGGUGCUGAGCUGCGCUUACCAGGCGAUGAUGGUGCUGCUUAUCUUGUCGAGCUGCCAAGGGUCGAUAAAGAAGGCCUGCUCGAUGGCCAGAUCGCUGGUAUCAGCACCGACGACUUCGCCUUCACGAGCGCUCAAGCUGCGAAGCGCUUCCUCUACGAGCCACGAAUCAAGAUCCAGCUGGGUCGAGGCGUAGAUGACGACCUACAUGUCAUUGGCGAGAACAGACCUUACGCGGUCAAGGAGCUCAUGAGGGCCAUGAUGAGCAAGUGCAAAGUCACCACAGACGCCGACGACUUCAGCACAAGAGACGCGAAGGACGACAGGACAAAGGAAGAGAUGAUCGUCCGCUUCGAGGGACAGCUAGCGCGCAGUGCACCCGAUUUCAACAGGCAAUUCCUCGCAGCCAAGGCAGAAGCCGCGGUGGACUGCUUGAUCAAGCUCCACACAGAGGGCUUGGGUCUGCACUGGAUACAUUUACCGAAGGGCGCCAAGGACGACAUCAGGCUCACAGCGACUCAGCGCUUCGAGGCCUUGCUACAGCUCUGCACUGACAUCAAGGCUAUUCCGACCGACUGGAUCUCGGAGGGUGGUGCUGAUGUUGGGGCUCCGGCUGUCGUAGCGCCACGGAAGUGCUACAGCAUGAAGCUGGCCGGUGCUAGGAGUAACAAGAAGAAGAAGGAGACCGUGGAUGAAGCGAAGGCUGCUGCGGAGGAGCUGGCCAGGACGAAGGAGAAGGAGAAGGAGAAAGGGCAGGAGGAGCAUGGCCGGGAUGAGUAA